AUGUCAUCUGUUAGUAGGAAAAAAGGCGGUGUAUUUUUCUUGCAUGGGUAUGGUGGUACUGGUAAAACCUUUAUGUGGCGAACUUUAGCUGCAUCUUUAAGAAGUCGUUGCCAAAUUGUUUUGACAGUGGCUACAAGUGGCAUAGCAUCUCUAUUGUUACCGGGAGGAAGGACAUCACACUCAAAGUUCAAAAUACCGGUCCCGACUCUUGAAAACUCCAUGUGUAAUAUUGAGGGUGUAAGUGAACUUGCUAAACUUCUAAAGUUGACCAAAUUGAUCAUAUGGGACGAAGCACCCAUGGCUCAUAAAUUCUGUUUUGAAGCUCUAGAUAGAACACUCAAAGACAUUUUGAACAAUGACAAAAUUUUUGGUGGAAAAGUUAUAGUCUUUGGAGGUGAUUUCAGACAGAUUUUACCCGUAGUACCUAGAGCUGAUCGUUCAGACAUUGUUAAUGCAUCAAUUAAUUCUUCUUACAUAUGGGAUUCAUGUGAGGUUCUAACACUCACCAAGAAUAUGUGUCUGCAACCAAAUCCAAUGUCUACUAAUUCUCAAGAGUUGAAGGACUUUUCUGAAUGGCUUCUGAAAGUUGGUGAAGGAAAGUUAUCAGAGCCAAAUGAUGGAAAUGUUGAGAUUGAUAUACCGGCUGAGUUUUUGAUAAAAGGUUUUGAGAAUCCAAUACAAGCUAUAUUUGAGAGUACUUAUCUGGAUUUCUUCAAUGACUACAACAAUCCUGAAUAUUUACAAUUUGAGAGUACUUAUCUUGCUUCCACAAUUGAGGUUGUUGAUGAAAUUAACGAGUAUAUACUGUCAUUGAUUGAAGGGGAAGAACGAGAAUAUUUAAGCUGUGAUACUGUUGACAGAUCAGAAAUCAAUGAUGAAUGUGAAUCAUUUCAAUUUCUAACUCCUGAAUUUCUUAGUUCCCUUAGAACUUCUAGUCUACCCAACCACAGAAUUAAGUUAAAAGUGGGAACUCCUAUUGUGCUUCUCAGAAGUAUAGACCAGUAUGAGGGACUCUGUAAUGGGACUAGACUGAUCAUUACUAGAAUGGCUGAGCAUGUCCUUGAAGCAAAAAUUAUCUCAGGAAAGAACAUAGGCAAUAUGACUUACAUUCCAAGGUUGGACAUGUCUCCUUCUCAAUCACCUUGGCCAUUUAAGCUUACAAGAAGACAGUUCCCAAUUAUAGUAUCCUAUGCAAUGACUAUUAACAAAUCUCAAGGUCAGUCCCUUGAUAGUGUUGGUUUAUAUCUUCCUAGAACUGUGUUUAGUCAUGGUCAGCUUUAUGUAGCUAUGUCCAGAGUUAAGAGCAAGGCAGGUUUAAAAAUACUGAUCCAUGAUUCUAAUAAAUUGGAGUUAUCAACUACCAUGAAUGUGGUCUACAAGGAAAUAUUUGAAAACCUAUAA